AUCCUGAUAGCGAAAGUGUGGCUGCAUGCACCUGCUAGAACUCGGAGUGAAACAGUGCCCCAGGACGCUGCUGUGGGAUCUACUGAAAAUGUCGACCAGGUAUCACAAAGCAGCUGCUGACGGCAAUCUGGACCUUUUGAAAGAAGCGACCAAAAAAGAUCUCAAUACUUCAGAAGAAGAUGGGAUGACACCCACCCUUUUGGCAGCUUAUCACGGGCUUCUAGAAGCUCUGGAAGUCAUAUGCAGCAGAGGUGGCGACCCAGACAAAUGUGACAUCUGGGGAAACACUCCGCUCCAUCAUGCUGCUUCCAAUGGUCAUAUCCACUGUCUCUCAUUCUUGAUUAAGUUUGGUGCCAAUAUAUUUGCUCUGGAUAAUGAUAUGCGCACUCCGCUGGAUGCAGCUGCCAGCAGGGACCAGCAUGAAUGUGUCAGACUCCUGGACAAAGCUGCUACUGAACAGACCAUAAUGAAUGCCAAGAGGGUCUCCAAACUCAAGGCCCAGGCUCAGAAGAAUGCAGAGAAACAAAUCAAGGAAUGUGAAAAGCGCCAAGAGAAGCACCAACAUGAAAUGAUGAGGAAUUAUAACAAAGAAAAGCUUGGAUCAGUAAGUUCUGCCAAAGGGACAGCUUCCAGGAUGAAGGUGCCCGAUUUCUUUGUUCCCAAUACAUCAGGCACCUUCUCCAAAAGCCUGAAGGACACCUUCAGACUGAAGGCAAAAAAGAAAGAUGAAAACAUAGCUGAUAAGGAUGCACAAAAGAGUAGCCAAGAGGAGGAAGGCAAGGUUGCGCGUAUGGGUGUAAUGGAUGUAUUCAAUGAAAAAGAUGAGGAUGAAUUCUUAAAUUACUCUAAAGGGAGAAACAUUUCUGAAGAGGAUAGCCAGCAGGAGCAUAUGUCAAUUUUCCAACGGCCAGGUCUGGGCAAAAUUGUGUUUGGAAGGAAUUUGGCAGCAGACAUAAAUGCCAAAGAGAUGUCCUUUGAGAAAGAAGGAAUACGAUUUAAAAUAUCUGGUGAGUUUUUUCAACAGAGGGAGUCUGAAAAUGGAAGUGAGCUAGCCACUGAAAAUGAUCUUGAUGUCCCUUGGAAUGAGGAAGAAAUUGGUUGGGAAGAUGAUGAAGCAGAGAGCACUCCUCUUGAUGUAUUUUUGGCCUCUCAAAAUCUGAAUGAGUUUGUUCCUGUCUUCCUCAGAGAACAGAUUGAUUUAGAUGCCCUCAUGCUAUGUUCUGAUGAAGAUCUACAGAGCAUACAAAUGCAGCUGGGCCCAAGGAAGAGAGUCCUCAAUGCUGUAGAUAGAAGGAAACAGGCACUGCAGAAUCCUGGAAAAAUAGGAGAUACUCGCUUAUAAACAAACAUGCCAGCUACUAUAAUUGUGCAUUGAUUAUAUUUCACUGUUUCAAAGCCUAGUACAGGUUUUUUUUCAGGGGAAAGGCAAAAAGGUUACCAGUUGAUUAAGGAUGCUCAACAGGAUCAAUAAUAAUAGGUUCUCUUUGAACAGACAACUUUAGGCAAAGAUAAAGACUGUAGAUAAACAACAGGAAAAUAUUGCUCGUGUUAAUUUUCUCCGACUUGAAGCUCAUGCUAGUUGUAUCUUCUUUGGACAUGCUGAAUUAUUUAUUAGUGACUGCCACUGAUGCACCAUAUCAUGACAAAAGCCAUUUCUGCAUUUCAACACCAACGCACAGAUGAUGUUUCUGGUCAGAGCAUUUUAGUCUUCUAUACCAAAUGAAAAUAAUUUGCAAUACUAUGAUAGAUUGAUACAAGUUCCCCUCACUGAUACUAAUGGUAUCCAAGAACUACUGCUUCAUCAUGACACACAGUGCAGCUCAUUGACUAACAGGCUCUGAUUGAAAGUAAAUAAUACUGACUCAGUAAAUGUCAUGUCAUUAUUA